AAUCAUGACCAUGUACAUAUCGACACGUUCAAGGAUAACUUAAAUGAACUGUGAAUAACGAGAGUGAGUAUGCCCUUGACAGUAAGCCUAUGGACGAUGGGGAUACUUGGGACGACGACGUAUUCACGGGCAGGGGUCUUUUUGAAGGGCAGAGUACCUCAACUCUACACAGUCUGGAAAGGCACAUCGCUGACAUGGAUUCGAUGAGUAGCAUAGAAAGACUUGAUCUUAGUUUACAGGUGUCUGAAAAUGCAACGGAAGACACUAGAAUACAACUUAAGGCUACCCCAUUCAAAGGUGGUGUGAUCUUAGGUACUGCCAUGAAAGAAAAGGUUAAGGGUUCGGUAUCAAAAAUGGUUAUGCAAAGAGAGGUACAGAGUCAUGAUAAGGCACUUCUUUCAGGCAACGAUCAGACUGGUGAAGUUGAGGAUAGCAUAGUGGAGGAUAAUACAAAAAGUGAUGCCGCUGCGAGAUUCAUUCCAACCUCAAACUUCAUACACUUAGGAUAUCAUGAAUACCAGAGCGCCGACAGUGUCAAACCCAUCAUCGGUCCCCGGUUUUCUUUAGUGGAUACAUUGUGGUUUAAGCUACACUGCACGAAACAAAAAUGUAUUGUGAUCGUUGGUGCUGUGAUUUUUAUAGUGACGUUAAUUGUUGUAACACUGGCUGUCGUUUUAUCAAGACAUUGAAGAUCGGUGUUUAUAUUUGAUUUAUAUUAAC